CAGAGACAAAGUUCUUAUCAUUGACUUCUUGUGGUUUUAAGGCAUUUCAAUUGUACUGAUUUCAAAUGAUUUACAGUUUGAAGGAAUUUUAAUUGUAGCAAUUCUAAAUAGUAAAAGGCAUUCUGAUUGUGCCAAUUUCAAACAAUUUACAGUCCAUUACUGUAAAGUGUUCUGUUUGUAAGUAUGUUGCCAUAUUGUGCAUUUCCUAUGCUAUUUGAAGAUCUUGCUUAAUGCCCAUGGUGAGAAAAUCAUUGAUAUAUUGUAAGUCACAGGAAUGACCUGCCACAAAAUGGAGGACAGUCAUACAAAUCUAUCAAAGUGAUGUAUUAUUUGUCCUUGCUAUCAAUACCCUUUUACAUGGUGUAUUGUAUGCUAUAUUCCUUGCUGAAUCCUUCUUCAAAAUUUACUGUAAAUGACUUCCUAGGUAAAAAAAGCCUAUCCUUUGUUGUGAAUUUUUUUUCAGAAAAUAGAUAUUCUGCAAAUUAAAAAAAGGCCAGCAAAUAGUACUUGUACUACAAGGAAAUAUAAAAUCGUCGCUGCAGUAGUUGAACCAUUGGAAGGUGUUUAAUUCAAAGUGACCCCUUGUGAAUUAUUUCCGUGCCCUUUUCCUUUGACAGCCCCCUGUGCCUGUUUCUUGGUUACAGAGGUAUUGUUAGCAGGUACAAACAUGACAAAUAAGAUUUACAAUUACAUACUGCUAAAAUAGAUUACUCCCUUUUACAGCAAAGUAGAUCACUCAACCAGUCCUCCUCACAAAUCACAUAUUUGAAGCAUAGCGUGUCGCUUGCACGACUUGCUCCAGCUCAAAUCUUUUGUCUGUGGGUUUUUCAAAUUUUCUCCACACCAAUUACUCGUGUCCAGCCCCGUGGGACUAUUGUCGCUAGGCAACUGUUUACAGACCGUAACAGAGUGUACGCUGCCGUGGUUUGGAUCCUGUUAAGCGGCCACAUGCUGGGACACAACCUGUAGUUAUCCCUAAAAUUCCCAACAGAUACCAGGAGAUCUGUUCACACAGGGGUCAGAUUAGACUGGUUAAACCUGUGCUGGUAAAACAAAUGCAGUCCUGAAUCCCACAGAGGGGAUUAAAACUGCCCAGCUGUUUGUGUAGGGGAUCCAGAGGUGUCUGUGCAACCCUGGGUACACAGGAGGCAUCCUCACUCGUAAGGCACUUUGCCAUGACCAAAGGCAUCACCAGGAAAGUGCCAAACUUACCUGAACUGAAGAGACCACAGUUCAUAUAACACAAUGACUGAACCAGAGAGGAUCGAUGGCAUGACCCUGCUGAUGCAGGCAUGUUUAGAGGGAAAUACCAAGGCAGUACAAGCUAUCUUACAGAAACAGCCUUCCAGUGUGGAGGAAAAAGACUCCUUUGGCAAAACCCCUCUACACUACACAGUAGAGAAUACCCAUGCAGACUGCACUUCUGCUCUGCUUGUUGCAAACGCCAGGCUGGUCAAUGUACAGGAUGGUAACGGGUAUGCAGCACUGCAUUUUGCAGCAAUGGCAGGGAACACAGUAGUUCUGGAGAGACUGAUGCAGGCUACAGAUGUGAACAUCGACAUUGAGGAUAAUGAGAAACACACCCCUGUCCACUGGGCAACAGUCUGCGGGCAUCCAAAGUGCAUUGAGCUGCUGGUUCAUCACAAUGCAUCUGCGGAGAUUGCCGAUGUCCACGGAGCCUUCCCACUGCACUACGCAGCCCAGAUGUGUGGGACGGAGUACGAGGUACCGGGUAUUGGCAUGCACUGCCUCUCCAAGCUGGUGCAGAGCGGGGCGGACGUUAACUGUGUGGACGGGAGUGGGAGAACACCUUUACUGUGGGCUGCAAGUGCAGGCAGUGCUGAAGCCUGCCUGAAGUUGGUCCAGGCUGGUGCAAACCCCAAGUCUGCUGACAAGGACGGUCUGACAGCGCUCCACUGUGCGGCCAGCCGAGGCCACCUCCAAUGCUGUGAUGUGCUGAUCUCCCAGUGUGGCUGCCCUGUGGACAGUUGGGACAAGAACCACUGCACUCCUCUGUUCUAUGCAAUAUCCUUUGGCCAUGGAACCUGCACUUCUCUUUUCUUACAACAGGGGGCCUCACCAAAUCACCAGGAUAUAAAAGGGAGGAGCCCUGCCUACUGUGCUGCAGCAAAGGGCCAGACCUCCAUGGUGCCCAUCCUCAGGGAGCAUCAUGGAUCCCUAGACAUCCCCACUCAGGACGGGGAGACAGCUCUACUGGAGGCUGUCAAAGGAGGACAUACAGACAUGGUUAAGCAGCUGCUGGCAGCUGACUGUGAUGUGAAUGCUGUGUCAAAGUCUGGCAGGUCAGCCCUGCACGAGGCUGCAGAAAACAACAACCUGGAGAUGUGCCGUCUGAUCAUAGACGCUGGCGGCAAGAGGAACCUGCUGGUCCGGGAUGGACAGGGCAACAGCAUGACAGCAAGAGAGCUUGCUGAGCAAAAUGGACACAGAGAACUGGCCAACUACCUGAGAGCCAGGGGAACAGCAAAGUCUGCAAAAGUGAAGAACCAGGCAGCCAGGACAGUCACCGGUGCUGUCAGGAAAGCUGGCUCCAUCAAGAGGGGACAACAGGAGGAAGAGAAGAGACAAAGAGAAGAGACAAAACAAAGAGAAGAAGAAGAAAACAGACAAUUAGAAGAACAGAAACAAAUGGAGGAAAAACAAAGGAGAGAGUUUGAAAGAGAAGAGGCACUGAGAGAGAAAGCUAAAGAACUUGUUGAAACUGUGAUCCUGGAAGCUUUGACAGAAGAGGAAAAGAAGCUAGAAGAACAGCAAAAGGAGAGUGAAAACCAGAGUAGAACUAAUGCCAAUUGUGAGAUGGAAACUGAAGAAGGUGAAGAAGAUUCUAAACACAAUACAGAGGCAAAGAAUAAGGAUGGUGAUGAAGAACAACUUGUUCAACCUAAUGAAGAAGAAACAGGUUUAGAAGGUGAAAGAGCAAAGGGUGACACUGACAAUCAUUGUUCUAAUGUGGAGGAGCAAGGGGAUGCUAAGGAAGAGGUGCUAGAAGCUUCUCAUCCUGUUGAUGAUAAGACAACAAAACCUCUUGGAACAGCUUCAAAACAUGAAAGAACAAUGUAUGGUGCUGAUGAAGAUUGUUGUUCCUCUAGUGAAGAGGAAAAAAGUGAUUCCAAUGAAGGGGAGGAGAAGGUGGACACCAAUAAUGAUGACAAAAAUGUGAAUUCUCAUGAAAUAGCCUCAAAAGGUGAGAAAAGAACUGAGGAGUCUCACGAGGACUUGUCAUCUAGCAACAAUGAACAAACUGAUGGUGGGGAGGAGGAUCACAACUCUAUCAGCCCAACAAGGAAAUCAGAUGAAAAGGAAGAGGCAUCUGAAAAGGACUCCGUUGGCGACAAUCAAACAACAAAAGGUCCAGAAGAGGCACCAAAUGUUGUUCAAACAUGGGACAUAUCAUCAGACUUCAACAACAGCACACAAUCUGAAGAUAACCAACAGGAGGAAAUGGCAGAUGCAAUGGGGAAAAUUGAAAAUGAAGAAGAAGACAAGAAGUCUACGGUGGAUGAUGAAACAACAGAAGGGGUAGAUAGAGAAAUGGAUUUUGAUAAACACAGAGACAACCAGGAAGACUACAGGCUGUCUACAGAUAGACUUUCAUCCCCUGCUGAGUCUUCCAGUGACAGUAAGAAAGCUGACAGUGCAAAGAUUGGAGAAAAUGACAAGGAAGUCAACCAUCAGGUGCAGGAGUGUGAUGAAAUCAAUUCUGGGAAUCAAGAAAGCAAGGGGGCAGAGCAAAUGACAGAGACCCCAGAAACUGAGCCGUCUCUGCAGAUCCUCCAGACUAUCUUACAGGAUGAAGACAGUGAGGAGAAUCAGAAAACCUGCAGUAAAGAAAAGAAGAAAGUUCACAUUGUCACUCCCACAACCACUGAUAGAGUGGACAAGACCAUAUCAGCACAGAAGGAGGUAAAGUGGGUGAGAAAUGUGAAGAUACAAGCCAACAUGGACAUGAAAACCAGGCAAAAGUCGGCAGGGAUUCAGUGCAGCUUUGUCCACAGACCUGUUUCUCCAGACUUGGUUAAGGGGAUCCAGGCCAACCCUUUGUUUCAGGACAAUGUAAAUGUGAAAGACAUGGUAGACAGCUACUACCUGCAGAACAGAAGGAGACGGCUGCGUCCAAGCUCAGCUCCGUUUCCUGUUGCCCUGAACAGAAGUGUUCUAGUGAUGAGUCCCAGGAAGAGCAGGCUACAGGAGUGGAAGAAAGAUCUGGACAGGAGAAUACCAGAGACAGUCCAAGAGGCUGAUAGCCAACAAAAUGGAGGGAUGCCCUUUUCAGCCCUGCUACAGGAAGAAGAGAGGAUUCUGAGGGAAGUUAGCAGCAGCACAGGACCAGAGCAGAUAGAGCACUUAAAAAGUAGACUUUCCUACAUCCAACGCCUGCUACAGUUCAACGCUGAAGUCACCAGGAUGGCAAAGGAAGAAGAGCGGAGGCUGACCAGGGAACUGUUAGACCAGGAGAGACAACAGAAGCAAAUCAAGGAGAGAGAAAUGAGGAGGCAGCAGAUGGUGGAGGAGGAAAUGAAGGCCAUGACAGAUUUCUUUGAGAACCUGAAAAGUCAGAUCAGCCCAGGUAGUGGAGAGGCAUCCUCCCAGACAUCUCCACGGUCUGCAGCCAGCCGGGAGCACUCACCCCCCUCCCGCAGUAACUCCUCUCCCCGCCACAGGGAGCACUCCCACACACGAUUUACUGAACACUCCCCUCGUCAAAUGGAGCAUUCUAAGCAGACGGGCAAAGACUGCAGGGACAGCUAUGAUGAAUUUUAUGACGGCAUCGUGCUGCCACCUCAGCCCAGCAGGGCCUCGUUUACACACAGGGAGAGAUCUUCACGCCACAACAAACGCUCCCAGCACCGUAGGCAUCACCCGUCUCCACGGCGAAACGAGCCGUCACCACAGUACAGGGAUCCCUCUCCUUCCCACCACAGGGAGAAAACGUACAGCCACUCCAGAGGGACGUCCCCUCAGCACAGGAGCAGGCACCGGUCAUCAAGCUCCAGUCCAAAGCCAGAAAGAGGACCAAGUCCACCCCCCAGCCCCAGAGAGACACCCCAUAACAACUACUCCUACAGCAGUGACUCCUUUGACGAGGACUCCUCUGAGGAGGAAGACUCCAUCUCAGACACAGAGAGUGUACCGUCCACACCCCCUGUGGCGAAAGCCAGUUCCAAGGACAGCCCCAGAAGGAGAGGUACCCAGCAGGCCUGGGACCAGCCUAAGGAGAUGCCACUUCUACCCAGAACUCCCCAUCCACCUCCCAGGAGAACCACACAGAGGGAGGCUGCCUACAGACAGAAGGGCUACAUAUACUACCCACCUAUCCCACGAGUGGAAAGUCUUGAUGCACACACCGCAGCUCUCUACAGCCACCUUCACAAUUCCCAACACUCUCUUUGCUUGAAAUUAGACAAGCCCCUCAGGCCCGUGGGGAAAGCCAAGGACAUGCUGAGUUCCUCCAGGAAGAAUUUGAAGCCAUCCUACGUGAAGUUAGACUACUGCAACAGAGCAGUGGAGAAGCAACGGGAGGGGAACUUGGCAUCUAGUGGAUAUGCGAGUGAAGAGCCACCCCGGAAUGAAAAACCCACUCCCAUCAAGAGACCAAAAACAGCAUCCAACCUGAUCUACUCCCCCAGGAAGAGGACGAUCUACCCAGAGGAGGAGGAGCUCUGGAACCUGCCGCCUGGGAACAGACAGACAGUCAUCAGCAGAUAACCUCCAACUGAUGCAGUCCUUUUUACCAGAGCAACACUGGUCAAUUUAGGAGGUUCCUUGGGACAGAAUUCAUGACCAAGCCUCAAUCAAUGCCGUUGUGGUUACCUCAAUACCAGAACAUAAACUCAAGUAGGAUUCAUUUCUGUGCAUUGAAGACAAAAAUGUUUAAAGUCUACACACUAAUCAUUACAAUGUCUAUUUCUACCUCCAAACUCACCCCU